UGUUGUUUUUUCCCUUUCCCUUUUUUUUGUUUCCCCUCCAGUUGCUUUCCUCUGCUCUGAAAGAAAGCGAAUGCCUCUCACCAAAAAGCCAGGCUUGGUGAGGGGGGAGUGGCUCUGGGUGCCAUGGACAGAGUCCAGCAGGUGCUCACCAGCAGUAAGAUCCCAAAAAUAUGCACUCAACAAAACACAAGUUGAAUGGUAGGAACAAAGGAAGAGGGGGGUUACUAAAAUCCAAAGGCUCCUUAGUGAAUGACAAACUCCUGUCAGCACAGGUAAUUAUACCAGAUUGUACUGUUUAUACUGGACUACAGAUCGGUGGUGCAGCCUAGCUAACCUGUUAUUUCACUAGAUCUUUUUUCACCCAUUAACUUAUAUUUCAUUCUUCUUCUCCUCGAGGUCCACUUUCCUUAACAUAUACAACAAUGAGUUCCACCAGUCCCGACCACACAUUGUGCGACAGCUGCGGCUGUGUCAGGCCCUGUGAACUAUCACAGAGGCACACUGAGGGAGCUCUUGAAAUGCCAGGGCUUCUGUCUCAUCCACUGUGCACAGCAUUAUAUCCACUGCAGCCCAUUUGAGAGCCAAUGCUCAGGCAUGUAUUAGCUGAGACUGGAGCUGGACAAGCUUGGUGAUAUAGCUCCACAGAGAGCAAGGCUGGUCUGAUGGUUGUGUGGAUGUUGAACUAUGUUGGGGGGAGCUGCUGAAAUGAUCCCUAGAAGACAAACAAGCCAUACUGGCUAAUGUGACACCGCACAGAGGGAGACGAUGUUCACAGGGGCUUAUCCAACCAGAUAUGUUUAUUCUGUACAAAUAGCUGGAAGCAUUUGGAAUAACUACAUGUAUAGAAGUAUAAAAUAAUUGUAAGGUGAUGGUCUUAUUUGCCGUUUGCUCACAUGGAGUCUGGGUUAUCUUCUUGAUUGAUAAUUAGAUUAUUACUAUCAGCAUGCUUCUUCUAAAUAACCCCCUCUUGAGCCUUUCCACUUUACUUCCUGCCUGUCACUUGGAAGGUGUUAGAAAUAGGAGUGGACGUCUUGGUGUGAGGGAGGACUGACCUCCUGACGUACACAUCCCAUAUAUAGUAAAAGAAGUAGUCAAAUGUCUUGGAAGAGCAAAUCAGUAAAGACAUUCAGACAAAAAGUCAGCUCCUGAAGCAGCUGCAGUAGUUUCCAAAACGUACUGGGUGUCCAGUCACUGGCCAGCGAAAUAUUUCCUGACUACAGCCGGGGCGAGCUCGCAGUCCAGCUUCUGUGUGGUUCAGACGCUCCCAUCCUUUCAAUCAGUACCUUUUAUUUUUCUUUUGCGCGGACAGCGCUUAUACUUAGCAGCAAUGGAUGCCAUCAAAAAGAAGAUGCAGAUGCUCAAGCUCGACAAGGAGAACGCCUUGGACAGAGCUGAGCAGGCCGAGUCCGACAAGAAGGCAGCUGAGAAUAGGAGCAAACAGCUUGAGGAUGACCUGGUGGCACUGCAGAAGAAGCUGAAGGCAACUGAGGAUGAGUUGGACAAGUACUCUGAAGCCCUGAAGGAUGCCCAGGAGAAACUGGAGCUCGCUGAGAAGAAAGCCACAGAUGUGAGUUCUGGGCUGACAGCACCACACACUGCUGGAGAAGCCCCAUGGGGGCAGCCAUUAUCUAUGGGUUUGACCUUGAACCACGCCUCUCAGGAAAAUAGAUCAGCAGCCCAGACUUACAUUACUGAUUAA